AGCUAGCAUUGCCUACACGUUACAUACCACACAUAAUUAGUGGACCAUGCAGCAGGUUUCCGCUUUGCCGCCGGUAUUGCUCCUUCUUCUUCUAAUCAGCUUGUCUAGUUCUUCUUGCUGCCAUGGUGCCAAUGCAGCAGCUGGGGAUCACCAUGACUUCAUGGUCGUGCCAGCAAGCUCCCUGCUGCACCUGUCACAAGGCGCCGUCUGCUCCGGACACAAGGAUGACGGUCUAACAGCGAUGCCGCCCCACAACCGCGCGGCCUGGGUGCCGAUAAACCGCCCUCAUGGCCCGUGCUCGUCGGCGGGGGCUAUGGACAACAUGGUCGACAACAUGCUCCUGUGGGACCAGCUCCGCACCAGCUACAUCCUCAAGGAGCUCUCCGAUAGUCGUGCCGGCAAGGCCGUACCGACAAUCGACGCCAAUGCCGCCCCAGCCCCUCCGGUGGUUAAGCAAGAUAGCAUGAUGAUGGAGGGGAACAUUACAAUGGGGCCUCAACCCAACGUAACAUGUAACGCUACAUCGUCGUCGAUGGCAACAUCGGAUGCGGCGAGGAGCGGCAAGCCCGGGGUGAGACAGACGGUGAUUAUCGACACCAGCAGCGACAUCACGUGGGUGCAGUGCCUCCCGUGCCCCGUCCCGCAGUGCCACCUGCAGAAGGACCCGUUGUAUGAUCCAGCCGACUCGACCACGUACGCCCCGAUCCCCUGCGGCUCCCGCGCCUGCAAGGAGCUCGGCAGCAGCUACGGCAACGGAUGCUCCGGCUCCGGCCAGUGCAACUACGCCGUCAACUACAGUGACGGCAGGGCGACGACGGGGACGUACAUCACAGACACGCUCACGCUUUCCGACAACACCACCUCCAUCAACGGCUUCCGGUUCGGGUGCAGCCACGCCGACAGGGGCCCCUUCGGCGACCGGACCGCCGGCGUCCUGGCGCUUGGAGGCGGGCCCCAGUCGCUGCGGGCGCAGGCGGCGCCCACCUAUGGCGACGCCUUCUCCUACUGCAUCCCGCUGCCGAGCUCCAUCGGAUUCCUCUCGCUGGGCGGGCCACCGGUGGGGCUCUUGCCGCGCUUCGUGCUCACUCCUCUCAUCAGGAACCCCCGUGCACCCACCUUCUACAUCGUGCGCCUCGAGGCCAUCGCCGUGUCCGGGAAGCGGCUUGCGGUGCCGCCCGCGGCCUUCGCCGCCGGCGCUGUCAUGGACUCCAACGCCGUCAUCACGCAGCUUCCGGCGGUGGCGUAUGCCGCGCUGCGUGCCGCGUUCAGGAGCUUCAUGGGCGCCUACCCACGGGCCGCUCCCGUGCUCAACCUCGACACCUGCUACGACUUCACACGCUCCCCCAAGGUCACGCUCCCCAAGGUGUCCCUGGUCUUCGCCGGCGGGGCUACCGUGCCGCUUGAUGCUGCGUCCAUCAUGCUGGGCGGCUGCCUGGCGUUCGCGGCCAUCCCCGGCAAUGGAUCCCUUGGCUUCAUAGGUAACAUCCAGCAACAGAAUUAUGAGGUUCUGUACGACGUCGGCGGCGGGAGCGUGGGAUUCCGCCGUGGCGCGUGCUGAUGUGGCAGUGGCAAUGGCAUGGCCAGCCAAUGUGUGAUGUCUGUGUGAUGACCCCCUAAUAUAUAUCUGGGGUCCACAAGCUAGCUCGCCCAGGUCCAUGGCACUAGUUUGUUACUUUCUCCGUCUCAAAAUAAGUGUCUCAAUUUUGUAUUAAUUUUAGUAUAAAGUUAUACUAAACCAAGACACUUAUUUUACAACGGAGGGAGUAUAAAAUAAAUGUGGGGACAAAAUGUUAGAUGUGUAAUGCUCUUUUGUGUGUAAUUCUGUGUAAUGGUUUAUUAAUUAGAUAUUCCUUUUCGAGCC